UUUAAUUUAUCAAAAAAAAUUCUACAAAAAUAUGUCGGGGAAAAAGUAAAUUUUCCAAUAUCGGCCGUCGAGUGAAAAUCUUACCUCUGCCCAAAAUAAUCAAAUCAUUAUCUAUCUCACAUUAUAUAUACUCGUAUGUAGUAGCACCUUGUACAAUAACUCCUCUCUCUCUCUCUCUCUCUCUCUCUCUCUCUCUCUCUCUCUCUCUCUCUCUCUCCACAUGGGUACCACAAUACCAGCAACAAUAAUACUAGCAGUGGUGCUUUUGAUUGGCGCCCAUGUUAGUUCAGACAUAGUCGAAGAUAAAAGAGAAUGCCAAGACCAACUAAUCGGACUGGCACCUUGUCUCAACUAUGUAAGUGGAGACUUAAAAACUCCCUCUCCAACAUGCUGCGCAGACCUAAGGCAAAAGUACAACAGUACAGAAAGGUGUUUGUGUCUACUUGUUAAAGAUAGAAAUGAUCCAGGCCUAGGGUUCAAGAUCAAUGCUACUCUUGCACUCACCCUUCCUUACAUUUGCCGUGCUCAUCCUAACAUAUCACACUGCCCUGGCCUCCUUCACUUGGCUCCUGGGUCGCCGGAUGCUCAGAUUUUUGAGGAUUUCGCUCGCAGCCCAGCCGCUAGAAGUAGUGAUGCCGAUGCGGGCUCUGGAGGCAGUAGUACUACUCCUCCCCCCAAAAGUUCGAGCACAAGUGUGAAGGAAAGUUGGGCUGGCAUCAAUGUUUCAUUACUAAGUCUGUUUGUGAUCAUUUCUGUAUUCAUGUAAUAUCAGUCUCGUGUUUAAUUAAUUCGGAACAAUUCGAUCGGCUCCUUCUUCAGCAGUGUACGUACAGUUGAAGAAGAAACUUCUGCAUGUGAUCACUCUGUUUCAAAUGCUUGUACGUAAUUAUAUGUACGUUGUGACCCCUUCUCACA